AUGAAGCUCUUUCCCACUUUCUUCAUUCUCCUUUUGCUGGUUGUUCUCGUGGAAUCUAAAUAUUCAUGCAAAAAUGAAGACCAGGAGCUGGUGUCAAAGGCGUUUCAAUCUGUGUCUGGAUUCUACUCUUCCUGGUUCCAAAGCGGUUCUAAUUGUUCAAAUGCUGAUACUAUUAAAGGGCUAAAUUUUUCGUCCAAAAACCUAAGUGGAAGCAUAUCGUGGAAGUAUCUGCGGAACAUGUCCAAGUUGGAGGUUCUAGAUUUGUCUGGGAAUUUUCUACAAGGGCAGGUACCAAACUGGUUGUGGACAAGCUCAACCUUAUUGGUAGUGAAUCUUUCCAACAACAGGUUCGGAGGGAGCAUUAACCCCACUACCCAAAAUGGUUCCUUUUCAUCUCUGCAAAGUCUCAAUCUCUCACACAACAGGUUCACCAACCAGCUUCACCUCUCUGGUUUUUCAAAUCUUAAAAGCAUCGACCUUUCGCACAACAACCUCAGAACUUUACCUUCGGGGUUCCAAAACCUCACCAAUCUCCACCACCUCAAUCUCUCCAACUGCAACAUCAAAGGAAGCGUAAAGUCCAUUUCUUCCCUAACCUCACUAUCCUUCUUGGACCUUUCAAACAACUCUUUAAACGGUAGCUUCCCCUCCGAUUUCCCUCCCCUGAAUACCAUCAAAUUCUUGAACAUCUCCCACAACAACUUCAAAGCAUCGACCACCUUAGACAGGUUCAAAAAGUUCGGGAAAUCAGCGUUCAUUCACGCUGGCAACAACUUCAGCUACAACGUAUCCAAAACGCCAAAGCUAGGUUCAUCUUCAACCCCACCACAUGAACAGGCCCACCACAUUCACGCGGAGAAGAAGAGGCGGAAGGUAAAACAAAAGUCAAAACAGAAAACGAGAAGCAUGAUUGCCGCCCUGUCAUGUGCCUCCGCACUCUUGGUUGUCGGGUUGUGCAUGUGCGUGGUGUGGCGUUGCAGAAGGAAGAGUCAAUUGGCGAAAAGGAACAAGUGGGCGAUCUCGAAGCCGGUCCCAGUGAGCAUGAAGAUGGAGAAAUCGGGACCGUUCGCGUUCGAGACAGAGUCAGGGACAUCCUGGGUGGCUGACCUGAAAGAACCCUCUUCCGCACCCGUCGUCAUGUUCGAGAAGCCCCUCAUGAACCUCACCUUCGUGGACCUCAUCGCCGCCACGUCACACUUCGGCAAAGACUCUCUCCUGGCUGAGGGCAGGUGUGGGCCCGUGUACCACGCUGUCUUAACGGGAGACAUCCACGUGGCAAUCAAACUCCUCGAAAACGCCAGAGACGUCGUUCAUGAUGACGCUGUCGCUCUCUUCGUUGACCUUUCCCAACUCAAACACCCCAAUCUCUUACCCCUCUCCGGUUACUGUAUUGCAGGGAAGGAGAAGCUGGUGUUGUACGAGUUUAUGUCGAACGGGGAUUUGGGUAGGUGGUUGCAGGAGCUACCAGCGGGGGAGACUAACGUGGAGGAUUGGAGUGGUGACACGUGGGACAUUAUUCAAAAUGGCGCCGUUUCUCGAGCCUCGCCCCCGGAAAAGAUGGGCUGGCCAACACGCCACCGUAUCGCGGUGGGCGUGGCGCGUGGAUUGGCGUUUCUGCACCACGCGGGCUCCAGGCCUGUCGUGCACGGUCAUUUCGUCACCUCCAACGUGCUUCUCGGCGACGACUUCGAGCCGCGAAUCGCGGAUUUCGGUUUCCGGAAGUUCGGGAGGGAGAACAACGCCGCGGCGGCGGCGAAUUGUUCGACGGAGACGGAUGUUUACUGCUUCGGUGUGGUGCUGAUGGAGCUUCUGACGGGGAGGAGCGGCACGGCGGAGACGGUGGUUUGGGUGAGGAAGGCAGUGAGGGAGGGACACGCGGUGAGGGCGUUGGAUGAGAGGCUCAAACUCGGCGGCGGCGACUCGGAGAGUGAGAUGGUGGAGAGCCUCCGAGUGGCGUAUUUGUGUACGGCCGAGUCGCAGGCGAAGAGGCCCACCAUGCAGCAGGUGUUGGGCCUGCUCAAAGAUAUUCACCCGAGCCACGGACUCGAGUGA